UGAAGCGUGGUGGGUAGAAGUUAUAUCAACAGUAAACCGCAGAACGGUUUAGGACUCGUGUGUUUUAUGUAACGGAGUUUUCUCGUAUUUUACAAAUAUUUCUGGAGACAUUUAGCCAAAUGAAGGCAUGGGGGAAACGUCUUCAGGGUGUUUAGUAUUAUGGGUGUUCUUGGCAUUGGUGUGUCGUCAAGUGUCGAGUGGAAAUCACCACUUCUUACGUGGUCAGUGCUACAGUUAUUGCCUGACUCAAUACACAUCUAGCGUUACUGAUACUAUGCAGGCACACUUAGAGGAAGAAAACAAGUCAAUAGAAGAUCCUUUAAUUAAAAAAUGUAAACAAAGUCAAGAUUGUAGAUGGUGUUUACAUAUUUGUGAUAGAAGGGAUGCUGAAUAUUAUACAAAUUUACAACACUGUAAAUCUUAUUGUCAGUUUUGUUUAGAAAGUUGGUGUCGUAAAGAUGGUGAACUGCAAACAUCUGACAGCUGUGGUAAAACCUGUGGAUUUGUUCGUAGAGCAGCUGAAACUAAAGCUGGAUCAUGUAAAACUGUAACGAACAAUAAGGCUUUAAUACCUUCAUGUGUGCAAGAAUGUAAAAAAGAUUCAAAUUGUGGCAGAAAUAAAAAAUGCUGUCAACAUGGCUGCAGUGCUACUUGUGAAAAGCCAAUGGACAUUGACAUUUUGCCACCAAAACCAGAUAAAAUUACGAUAAAAGAUAAUGAAGAUAAAGGUAUUAUUGUCAGUUGGUUACAGGGUAAAAACGAUGAAGGACGUGAAAGAAUUGAUCCUGAGUUUUAUCUUCUACAAUACUGGCUAAGGUCAUCACCUGUUGGAAGAGAACAAUUAAUUACAUCAACAACAGAAUAUAGUAUAAAUUUACCUCUACACAGUUUCCAUCCAGGAGCAAGUUUGAAAUUCCGUGUAGCAGCAAUCAAUAUUCAUGGUUCCCGUGGUUAUUCUAAUGCAACUGUUUAUACAAAGUUACUGUUGGAGCCACCAAAACCUGAGAAUUUAAAAGUUGAAAGAAGUGUAUAUACUAAUAAUAAAGUGGAUUUAACUAUCACAUGGCAGCCACCUAGAUUACCUUAUAGGGUAGCAGUGAAAAGAUUCUUGGUUUUAUGGGUUUUAAUACCUAAGACAUCUACCUCGUAUGUACGACAAAAUUAUAGCCGAAAGUCAGUUCCUGCAGAUAUUAAUCGUUUUAAGAUACCAAAGUUGGAGCCAGGAACUCAGUAUUUGAUUACUGUCAAAGCUGUAGUAGCCUUAAAUGGAAAUCAGAGAGUAGGGAGACCAGCAUCACUCUCUAUAGAAACUUACUCACCCCCUCAGCCAGCGAAUUCCGAUAGUGGGGUAAUCUGGAAUCAUGCAGGUGGAGAUGUUUAUAACAUUAGUGUGCUGGAAUCUUUCUAUCACAAUGGAAUAAUUAAAGCAGCAGUCACAUGGAAGUCUACAAUAUCUGCCGAAAAAUAUAUGAUAUAUUGGAAAGCGGAAAAUUGUCAGCAACCUUCUUCUCCUAGUCAUUUUCAAGAGAAAUCAGCCACAAGUCAUAGUCAAGAGUUUAAUUUAUAUAAUCUACAGUAUGGAUGCGAUUAUGUUGUUAGAAUUCAUGCCGUUGAUAUUAAAGCUAUUAUGGGACCUGGAGCCGUCACCAGUUUUAAAACUCCCAUCUGUUCUGAAAUAAAAGUUAAAGGACACAGUUCCCAUUCUUGCCCAAAUCAAGUAUCUUCAAAACUAGAACCACCACAUGGUAUAAAAGUAGAAAUAAAAGAUGGUUUAUGUAAUGAUUUAUCGGUGGUUGUAAAAUGGCAGCCAGUGCCGUGGAAAGAAGGAAUUAAUUAUUUUGUACAAUGGGGAGCCAGUACUGAAUCAUCUAAAACUCAAAUAAUAUAUACCUCACAACCUCAUAAACUCACUUUAUCAGGGAAUGUUGGUAAAGUUAUAUUAUAUCAAGUAGACUAUGCUACACAUUAUACACUACAGUUAUCUGUUAUAUCAUCAUAUGAGAAGGGAAGGUCAGUUAUAAAAACAUUUAAAACACCACAACAAAACUGUUCACAUUCAACAGGUUCAGCUGUAACAGACAGUAGUGUGAAUAUAUCAACAUUUAUAACUAACAAACAGUUAAACCACCAUGUUAAUACAGACAUUAAUAAAACUAACACUUCUGUUAGUCACUAUUAUACAAUAAACUAUUUUACUUUAUAUACCUUAAUGAUAUUAAUAUAUUACAUCGUCUGAACAUUAUACACAAAGUUUAAGAAAUAAUUCUCGUGCAUUUUGGAUACUUCAGAGGUUUUCGGUUCAUGUAUUGUGUGUAAAUUAAUUGAAAUGGAAAGAAAUGGGUUUUAACGGCCCUCUGGGCCUCCUGGUUAGUGAGUCUCUGUGUAAAUAGGAGCAACUUCUCAAAAGAUGAAGAGAAUAUUAUCAUUUUUUUCCCUUCAUCGAUGGCCAGUUCUGAAACUCAUCAAGAUAUUUUUAAAAAUCUAAUCCAUUCGUCAACUGAUAAACUAUGCAGAUGAUUGUGACAAUUUAUUAUAAUGUGGCUUUCACAGACCGAGUAAUAAUUUAUAAUGAUUUGAAUGGUUUUAGUACCCUCUGAUAUGUCUUUGUGGAAUUCUAAGACUCAAUUUUGUAUUACAGAAUUAGCAUGGUGUAUAUAGGAUGAGAGUUGUAUGUUUGUUGCUAUUAAUGUUUCUAAUACCCGUUACUUUAAGUGCCAUAUAUAGAAACUACUAUUUCUCGUUAUUGUUUAUGAUUAACUAUUAAUGUUUAGCAUCUAUAGUGCUCUAAGGUCACACCAAUGUGAAUUUCUGCUUCCAAUUUCACUUAAACAAAAAGUACUUUGUUCUCUGCUUACAAGUUUUUAAUUCCAGGCCUCGUGUUCACAAAGCAUUCUCAGACUUAAGUUAAGAAUUUAAUCAACUUUCAAUCACUGUUUAGGGGAAAUAUCUUUGCUCCAGAAACACAAAACUGUGCACAUAGUUUCUUAUUGAUGUAUUUAUUACAUUAACACAACAACGGUUUUAUAAAGGGCAAUAUUUUAGUUAAAAUAAGGCGAACAAUUUUAAGUAAAUUCUUAACUUAAGUCUGAGAAUGCUUUGUGAACUCGGGGCCAGAUAUUUUAAGUUUUAAAAUUUGAACAAAACAUUGAACACAAGAAUUGAGUGGGUUAUUUAUUGAUCAAGGCCCUGAAGAACUAAAAGUUAAACUAGUUUGGCCUAAAAUGAUUAAAACUGACAUAUUGAAUAGAUAAGCCAUUAACUGAAGAAAAACUGCUAAAAACUGUAUAAUUUGACAAGUCUGCUUUCUUGAGGAUCUGCUAGAAGGAUCAGUAAAACAUAAUAAUACAUAUAAGUGAGGGACUCAUCCCCCUCCCCCCAAAAAACAUGAGAAAAAAAGAUGCUUUUUUUUUAAUAGUGUUAAAUCAUAUAAUGUUUCCCUCACUUAUAUGUUAAAUAUGUGCCAUAUUAAAUAAAUUAUAUUUAUAAAUCAAACAAAACAUUUGCAUUUUUCAAACAAUUUUUAGAGACUUAACUAUUUUUUGGUUAAUAUUCAUUUGAGAGAUUGAACUUUGGCAAUAUUGUUGUUGGCAAAGGAUUCGAAAUAUAUCAAACAAGGAUGAGAAACAUUUAAUAAACUGUUUGUAUUUGGUUAAGAUCAGUUAGAAUGAAGUUUUAAUGUUUAUAGUUAUUAAUAUGUAAAAUGUUAACAAUCUUUAAUUAUUAUUUAGGUGAAGUUUAGAAAGUAACAAAUUCUAUUCAGGUAUUAUUGUAAAUAUUCUAUAUUUGUGUAUAUAUUGUAUGUAAGUAUAUUGUUAUUAUUUUGUAAUAAAGCUUUAACAUUGUUUUUAUAUAUAA